UAAAAUAAAAAGUCACCGACAAGCCAGACACAAACGCAGCGAUUUGUCAAUGAUGAAGAAAAAAACGCGAAAAGGAAACGAGGCACAUCACAGUCCUCUUCCGGGAUCCCCUCUGCAACUUCCCACUACUAUUCCUACUAGUUAGUUACAAACUCAGUGAGACAAUAGAUCAAACACCAUAUCAUCAUCACAAUGCCUUCAAAAAAAACCUUCACACUCUCCCUCCUCCUCACUCUCAUUCUCAUCUUCUUCUUCCUCACAACAAACUCCCCUCCCUCUCAAUCCCUCUCCACCACACGUAGAUCCCUCCUCACCACCACUCUCACAUCUUGCAACCCUCAACCCAACGCAAUCCUCAACUACCACUGCAUCUUCCCCCAAACCCCCCUCCUCUCUAUCACCUCCCUCUCCCUCCUCCUCGUCCUCCACUUCUACAUCCUCAUCCAAACCGCACAACACCAUUUCUCAAUCGUAACCACCAAACUCGCCUCUCAUCUCAAUCUCUCCCCUAGCAUGGCCGCCGUUACUCUUCUCGCCCUAGGUAACGGCUCGCCCGAUGUUUUCUCAUCUCUCGCCGCUCUUCGCGCCGGUCAGUAUCGUACCGGCUUCGGCGCGAUUCUCUCCGCCGGAGCUUUUGUAUCGGCUCUUGUAGUCGGCUUCGUCGCGAUCUACGCGGCGCCUUUUUCGGUUGAUCCCGCGCCGUUUGUUAGAGAUGUUUUGUUUUACUUGACUGCUGCGAUGUUUCUGUUUUAUGUUUAUCUUAGUGCGGAGAUUUUUUUGUGGCAAGCGGUUGGAUUUGUGGCGUUCUAUCUGUUCUUUGUUGGUUUUGUGUUUUACAUGGAUUUAGGGAUUGUGAAUCGGAGGGAGAAGAGUUCGGCGGAUCUUGAGGGACAAGUUGAGUCGUGUUACGAUGAGAAAUUACCGGGAUCAGGAGAAAAAGAGAAACACAACGCUUCUGGAUUGAGUGGAUCUUUUCGUUUGAUUUCUAAAGCAUGGGAGCUUCCUGUCUUGACUCUUUUAAGAUUGACAAUCCCUCAACCAGCACCAUCGCAAUGGAGCAGAUUUUAUGCAUCAGCCAAUAUUGCUCUUUGUCCACUCGCCCUCUUGUAUGCAUGCAACUCAUUCAUGCCACUGAAUCAUCCCAUAGUUUUCCUCCUCCCUAAUACUCUUUUCCCUCUCUGGUCCGUAGUGCUCAUGACAAGCUUCUCUCUUGCGUUUCUUCAUUUUGUGUUGGAAAAAGAACCCCCGAAAACAGAACAUUUGCCUGUGGUGGUUGUGGCAUUUGUUAUGAGUGUGUUUUGGAUAUCUACCACAGCUGGAGAGCUGGUGAAUUGCCUUGAAGCUUUAGGCACACUUCUCAAACUGUCACCGGCAUUCCUAGGUCUUACAGUGCUAGCAUGGGGAAAUUCGGUGGGGGAUCUUGUUGCCGAUGUUGCAGUUGCUAAAGCUGGUCAUCCAGCAAUGGCUAUGGCAGGAUGCUUUGCUGGACCGAUGUUUAACAUGCUUGUUGGUCUUGGAACUGCUUUGGUCAUACAAACGACAAAUAUAUAUCCUAAAGCCUAUGAACUUAAUUUCCAUGUGGGUAUAGUGAUUGCCUUUGUGUUCCUGCUAUUAAGCCUCAUGGGGUCUCUUUUGGUAAUCACUUGGUCUCGAUUUCGAGUGCCCAGGUUUUGGGGAUUCUGUCUCGUGGGCCUCUAUAUUGCUUUUAUGGCGUUGAGUAUGGUAGUAGCCAUUUUUUCAAGUUGAUUACUUCUAGGAAGAUUUAGAUAGGCAUGUUCAGAAAUCUCAGUUCUCUUGAACCAUAUUUAAAAACCAAUCUGGAACACUUUACAAAAACCAAACCAUUUAAGAAAACUGGCCUAUUCAGUUUUCUGCCAAAAAUUCAGUUCUUGACACCCAGCUUAAUACAUGGUUUCCCCUCUUCUCUCGUAGACUCAUACUUGAAACUCAGAUUCAUAAAUCACAGAUGAAGAAACCUAACCCCUAAUUUGAAACCAAUUCUCUUUGAUUUCUCGAUGUAAUUCCUUAAUAAUCCAACUCGUCGCUCGUGACUCCAUUCACGCAUUCUCAAAUACUCCUGAUUUUAUUUAUUUGACUUCGCUCUCAACUCAGAUUCAUUCAUGCUCUAAGCUCUUUGACGGCGUUGUCUCUUGAUUUCAUUCAUUCACGUGAUGUUCUCUUCAUUCUCCGUCAAAGAUUAAGGUAUUACAAUCUUGAUGCUCACUACAAGUUUCAAAUAUAAAAAAAGAUUAAAAAGGUUUCAACUCAAGAAGGUUCAAGCAACAGAUUACAGAACAAACUCUUCUCAAUUAUGAAGAACAGCACAGAAUUGUCUCUGUUGACCAAAAUUGUUUCACCCUUUCAAGAAAUGUUGGAAGUAUGUGAAAAGCAUGAGGAGUAGCAAUGGACGGCUUUUAAUGGCUCAACGGAAAGUGGAACUGAAAGUGUACAGUGUACUUGAAACCUGGAAAUUUGUUGCAAGUGCGUAUUGGAAGUAGGGCUGUGCAAAAGAUCUGGUUAUUAUGAGGCCCAAACAACCAGAUUCGGAUUUCUUUUAAAAUAUCAAGAUUAAGUAAUAUGGUUACCAACCUAUCCAUUUUCAACUGGUUGGAUAUCCGCCUAUCAUUUAUUUUCCAAUCUGUUGUAUGGCUGUUAUGCUUCUGUCUGCUAUCACAGUCAUUCAUUAGUCAUGAGUCACAUAAAUUCAUGGAAGGAUCAAGACCCUUCAAUUGGAGAUGUAUCUUCCAGGAUGGAAUACCAUUGUAUUUCCCAGAAAUCUUUCUUUGAAUUAAGAUAGGAGAAUUUAUAGAAGUAGACCUUGGAAUGGUAAAAGAUUCAGUGGUGUUCUAGAUAUGCAACCCACUACAGGUUCAAUUCAAUCCAGUUUUGUUGAGAACGAGCAUGAGAUUUUCUACACUUUCUCAAAUUAGGAAACAAUCCUUGUUUUCAAGACUCAAUGUGAAUUCAUUAGGUAAUGCUGAGAUCUGUGUCAAAGGAAUUGUUUUUGUACUGGUUAUGCUAAUAUUGAGAUUAUUAAUGGAGGAAGUGGUGUUGUUGAGUUC